AAAGCAGAUCCAGCCAUAGCCCCAAUAGUCAUGAUGGAGCCUCAACCUCAGGCUCAUCAUCUCCUCAUGAAUUGGAACAAACCUAACGAUCUAUUCACACAAGAAUACUCCUUUCUCAACGAUCCUCAUCAUUUCAUCAUAGACCCACCUCCUGAAACCCUAAGUCACAUCCAGUCCCCGCCGACACUUUUCUCCGGUCACGGAGGAGGAGUAGAAGAAAAGGAAGAAGAUGAAGAAGAAGAGGAGGAGGAAGAGAUAGAUGCGAUGAAGGAGAUGCAGUACACGAUCGCUGCCAUGCAGCCAGUGGACAUUGAUCCAGCCACCGUCCCUAAGCCGAACCGCCGUAACGUAAGGGUAAGCGACGACCCUCAGACGGUGGUGGCUCGUCGGCGUCGAGAAAGAAUAAGCGAGAAGAUCCGAAUAUUGAAGAGGAUGGUGCCAGGCGGUGCAAAGAUGGACACAGCCUCUAUGCUCGACGAAGCCAUCCGUUAUACCAAGUUCUUGAAACGGCAGGUGAAGCUUCUUCAGCCUCACGCUCAGCUUGGAGCUCCUAUGUCUGAUCCCUCUUGCCUUUUUUAUUGCCACAACUCCCAAACCUAACUCUGUUUUCAUGCUGCUCAUGCUUAUAUAUUAUAUAUACAUAUAGACGCAAUAUGGUUCAAUAAGGAUUUCGAUCGACGAUUGUAUGGCUAUUGUAUAAGACAAUUAAUUAAUU